GUCACAUGACAGUCCUCUGAAAGAUGUUGUGUCUUAUGAUCGAUGUUCAAGCUUAUCCAUGUCGCAUCAAAUAAUUUCAACAAUUAUUGACUGAUUAUAAACAACUGGUUUAUGUUGAAUUGGCUCAAAUAAAUUUCUCUUUGUUAUCACGAUAAUCUAUAUCAUUGGAGAUCAUCAUUCACAGUAUUCCCUAGCAUUGGUCAGGAAACUUACAAAACAGAAUGGUUUUUAAAAAGCUUGUUCUAAUUGUAUCAUGCCUGCUUAUGUUUGGAAGAAAUUGUUUCUGUUUCUUCGACAUUAAUGAGGUAAAACCGACUUCGUUCUCUUCGGCAAUUAAAGCUUUCUUCUACGCAGAAAUUGGAAAAGAAGUGACCUUGUAUGAAAGCUCUUUUGAUCGACCUGGUUUUAUCACAGAACAAUGGUUCACUAGCUCGAAUGAACUUCCAAAUCCUUUCGAUCAUGAUAGCAGAAUACGUAUUUAUGUUGAUUAUGAAGAAGAAGCUUCUAUUGAUUACAAUGUAGCGCAGGCUCAUGCAGCUCCUCCUGAUGCAUUCGAAGAAGGCAAAUCACCACGUGGCAAUCGAAUGUUUGGCCGUCUGGCCCAGGGGAGUGGGUUCUAUAAUACUUUUAAGAUACCAUUUAAAAAAGGAAUCAAGGUGACAGUGACCAACAAUGUACGCAAUGGGUAUAUUUGGUAUAUCAUUCGCGGAAUGAUAGGCACCCCUUUAACUGUUGGAGUCUUUAAAUUGCCAAACGACACAAGACUUCGACUUUACAAAAAAAGCGAAAUAGUCCCUGCGUUGCAAUUCAUGGAUCUCGCUAGGACUAAAGGCAAGGCGGGAAUGCUGUUCCUCGUCACUUUUGACGUCAGAUGUGCCACUGACGUCUUUAUGGAAGGUUGUAUGCGCGCCAACAUUGACGACGAAAAGGUGACGUUUUUAUCUUCUGGCACUGAAGACUUUUUUUUGUCUGCUUUCUACUUCAACCAAGGAAAUUAUAAUGGUUUUCAAUCUGGACUCAUUCGUAAACAAACCCAAGGUAUGCAAGAAAUCGUUGCGUAUAAAUUCUUCAUAGAUGAUCCCAUCGUCUUCCGGAAUUAUUUCCGACUAUUUUGGCGAAAUUGGGAAACAGCGAACGGAAAAUAUGGAUGUCCGAAUACAUUUCCACCUAUUGACCAACCAGAAGCUUCCAAACCUGUCGAGUUCUUGAAAAGUGCAAACGGGGCUAGUAAUGAGGGAGAGACUGCUUGGGCCGAAACGUAUACGUGGAUCUAUGAAUGGGAUCCAAAAUAAAGAUUUUAUCAAUUUAAACACUAAGACAUUUGUGCUGCGUGAUGAUGUUAUUUUUCUAUAACUGGGUUGUUGAUGCGACGUGUUGAAAUGAAUUAAUUUUAGCGGGUGAACUUUAAAAUGAAAGUGCUUUGAGCUAUAUAUGUCCUGAAAUAAAUAUUUGCCAAUGUAUUUGUUAAUUUGUAAUAAUUCAAUAUGUCGUUGCUUCACAUAUGUAUUAUAAUAAAAUCUUUUAAUUCAUGUUA